AUGCUUGCCCGAUAUCCAACAGAUUUUGCUGAGAUACCCGAAGCACAAAACCGUAGCCUUUUCUCGGAGAGAGGAUCUAUCGGUGUCGCCCACGACUACGAGAAGAAGUACGAACCCGAUCCGCCAUUCCAAGGCGCAGGCCCGCAAGCACGUAUCUGGCAGGUCUACGGCAAGGAAGCCGAUGAGCUUGACUCGGACAUGAUUGGCGGGUGGAAGGCUACGAUAGAUGUCUUCCUGGUCUUUGUAUGA